UAUCAUAUGUUUCGCCCUCAUGUAGCUCCACGUCUCCCUCUUUCUCUCUCUCUCUCACUCAAUUCAUCCCUCCAAUUUUCGAGAAUCUCUGUGACCAACCAGUACUUUUUCGUUUUCCGAGUUCUCAAUUCAUCUAAUGCCGGACUCCGGCGGUGAAGAAUCUACCAAUAGAGGUAAACGGAAGGUUAAACUCGAUGAUUUAGAGGAGCAUCAGGACCCCUUGCUGGUGGUCGGUUCCGAAAUUUUGACGAUAAUUCUCGCCAAGCUCGACUUGCGCAGCUUGGCGGAAGCUCGCCUCGUUUCUCGCGGCUGGAAUCCGGUUGCUUCUUCCGAUAGAAUUUGGGGUUCCAAGUGUCAAGAGUUAUGGUUGGAUAAGGCACAUAUACCACGUGUAUCAACGGUUGAAGGACUUCCAAAGAUGAUCGCUACAUUGCUCUCGAUCAGAGAUGGCAAACGAACUCGAAUCACUAGGGAUGACCUUUGUGACCAUGUUUGGGAAUUCCGCUUUACAGAGAUGGCGCCGGAGUACUGGCGGGAGCUGGACCCGUCCUGGAGGGGCGAGGGCGCCCCUCCAAUGCGGCGGUACUUCCACCCCGACGGCAGCAUCACGGCCGACCCCGAGGACAAGGUGUGGGGGGGGCACGAAGCGUCAUACACGAUCGUGACCGGCCUCCUCGCAGACGGACAAGUGCGGGAGCACUACGUGAGGAUCAACAGGUGGCCUAAGAUGAUGGUGAAGCGCCACCCUGACUGGAGCUGGGAGCUACGCAACCACCUCUACUUUUACAGAAGCAUCCCAGAAAGGCACGGCCCUGCCUCAACCUCCUCCUCCAUCUCCUUCUCCGGUGGCUCUUCAUGACGUGUGGAUGGUUGAAUGUGGGAUUAGCUAUUUAUGGAAAAAAAGUUGUUAUACUGAGAGUGGUGGAAUUGGAGAUGGGGUUUACUGAUUUGGAAAGUCAAAUUCGCUGCCUUUUCAGCGUGUCUUUUACUACUUUUUUUAUUAUUUUUUAUUAUACUUUAUUUGUGAUGGCGGUGGAAACCUAACCGCAAACAGCCAGCACAACAAUGCGCCUACUGUUGCGAUAUUUGCCUACCAUGUCAUAAAUGAUUUAGUAAAUUUUAACUGUCAA